AUGUUCGAUAUGCUUCGUGAAGACAAAGAAGUGCAAGCCAUUGGUAGUAGGAAUACGACUUCCAUGUCCGCCACCUUCUCGUCGUGUCUCCGAUAUUACCACUUACAGCGCCGUCUUUUACGGAACGAGAGGCUCCGUAGGUUGAAAUCUGAAAACUAUAAUGGGGCAUUUGAAUGGCAUGAAGGAACAAUUCUAACUAAUUAUAGUGCCUUCGUGGAUCUUGGAAGGAUCAACUCGAUUCUCGGAGGGCUGCACAGAACUUUAUUCGGAUAUUUGGUUAUGAGAGGAGUAUUGUGA